CGCCUUGGCCGCCCCUCUCUGGGGCAGUGGUGCCACGUCCGGCCCUACCGCGGUCAGGACAGUCUCUCCUGACGCAAACGUCGCUUCCUACCUAUUCCCGUUGUCUCCCAACGGCUCCACCACGGCUGUUGGGAGUAGAAAAGCCCUGUGCUGGUCAGAGCUUCCCCUUGGACUAACCGGUCUUAACAGCAAGGUCCUGUUCCGAUUCUGCCAGGAUGGCACCCAAAAAGAAAACCAAGAAGCCCAAGGUGGAUAAAGAGGAUGCAUCCAUCACCCCUGUGAUGGUGGAAGAUGCUUUGCUAGAUGUCGAACACCUCAGUCACUUGAAUGGUUUGUUCGACAGCGGCUCCAACGGCUUCCACUGCACGGCCACGGAGCUUGAAGCGUCCGACCAUGGAGCCAGCCUUCUGGAGGGGAUGAAUCAGAUGCGCCAGAAGCGGUUCCUCUGUGAUCUCACCAUUGCCACCAAAACAAAGUCCUUCGACGUGCAUAAACUCGUCCUGGCUUCCUGCAGCGAGUACUUCCACCGCCUGCUGCAGAGAGACCCUCAGCUGCACCGGGUGGAGCUCCACGACGUCUCCCCACUGGGCCUGACCACCAUCAUCACCUACGCCUACACGGGGAAGCUGAGCCUCUCGCUGUACACCAUCGGCAGCACCAUCGCUGCGGCCACUCAGCUGCAGGUGCCAGCACUGCUGAACAUGUGUGGUGACUUCCUCGUUCGGGAGAUGGCCGUGGAGAACUGCGUGUACAUCGCCAACAUCUCAGCCACCUACGGCCUCAACCAGGUGAAAGAUGCCACGCGGAAGUUCAUCCGGGAAAACUUCCUGGAGUUCUCCAAGACUGACCAGUUCAUGAAACUCCCCUUCGAUCAGAUCAAUGAGCUGCUGAUGGAUGAUGGCCUGCAGAUACCCAGUGAGGUUGCAGCCUUCCAGAUCGCUGUCAAGUGGCUGGAGUUUGACCCAAAACGGGUCCGAUAUGCUGCUGACCUCCUGAGCAACAUUCGAUUCGGCACAAUCUCAGCUCCAGACUUGGUCAACCAUGUGCAACCUGUGCCACGCAUGAUGCAAGACCCUCAGUGCCACAAGCUCCUCGUGGAUGCUAUGAAUUACCACCUGCUCCCCCACCAGCAAAACAGCCUUCAGUCACGGAGAACCAGGAUUCGGGGAGGCCAGAGGGUGCUCGUCACAGUUGGGGGUCGUCCAGCUUUGACCGAGAAGGCUCUUAGCAGGGAGAUCAGCUACAGGGACACAGAGGGAAACUGGAACAAGCUGACAGAGAUGCCAGCAAAAAGUUUUAACCAGUGUGUGGUUGUGAUGGAUGGAUUCAUCUACAUUGCGGGUGGUGAAGACCAAAAUGAUGCCAGGAACCAGGCCAAGCAUGCCGUCAGCAGCCUGAGCAGGUACGAUCCACGCUUCAACACCUGGCUGCACCUGGCCAGCAUGCAGCACAGGAGGACACACUUCAGCCUGAGUGCCUGCAAUGGGCUCCUCUACGCUGUUGGAGGGCGCAAUGCUGAGGGCGUGUUGGCAUCUGUCGAGUGCUAUGUCCCCACCACCAACAGCUGGCAGAGCAAGGCAAGCCUGGAGACACACCGCUGCUGCCAUGCCACCACCGUCAUUGACGGCAAGCUCCUGGUCACAGGCGGCUACAUCAGCCAUGCCUAUUCCCGCACCGUGUGCUGCUACGAGCCCAGCACCGACACCUGGAGGGAGCAGGCAAGGCUCAGCACCCCCCGGGGCUGGCACUGUGCAGCCACUGUGGCCGACCGAGCGUAUGUGCUGGGUGGGAGCCAGCUGGGUCCCCAAGGUGAGCGGGUGGACGUGAUGCCCGUGGAGUGUUACAGCCCACUCACAGGGCAGUGGAGUUACAUGGCACCCCUGCCCACGGGGGUCAGCACAGCCGGGGUGGCUCUGCUGGAGGGGCGCUUGUGCCUGGUGGGUGGCUGGAACGAGACUGGGAAGAAGUAUCAGAAAUGCGUGCAGUGCUACAACCCUGACCUCAACGAGUGGACCGAGGAUGAGGACCUCCCCGAGGCCACCGUGGGUGUCUCGUGCUGCACUAUCAUCCUCCCACGCUCCCCGAGCUCCAGGUCCCGGGCUAGCUCUGUGGCCUCAGCAGCAGCCAGCACGUAAAGAGCCCUGAGUGCCACAUGGCUUAUGCCAGCAGCUAGGGAAGGAGAUUGAGCUCAGGAGUGUGGAGUAGCUGGAUGGGGAGGCACGCUGAUGUUUGGAGUCACUGCAAAGUCUCAUACAUUCUUGUUCCAUCAUGGCAAGUUUUGGGCUCCAGGAAAGUGUCUUCUGAGCUGCCUGCAUCUUCAUCCCACAGCUUAAGCAGGGACUGCUCAAGCGGGGGGCAGACAUGGAAGCAAGCAGGACAGAACAGCUUUUCUCCUCAGCCUGCAGCACUGUAUCGCAGCAUGGAUUGGAAAAAAAUGGAAAAAAAAGAAGAAAAACAAACUAGAAUAAUGCAGGAGAAAUUGUACUGUAGGAAUAGUAUCACGAGACACCUUCAAAACAACAGUAGUAUUGAUAUUAGGUACAAGAAAAUGACAGAUCUAGAACAGACCCUGUUCUCAUGUAGCAUUUGUUCAAUGGAAGGACACUUAAUAUUUACUCAUUGAAGCUAGAUGCCUUCAGACCAGGAAUAAAGUGAAUCUUGAUAGCAAGGAAGAGAACUAUUGGAGCAACUCACUAAGAUCUGUUACUCUUCCAAGUGCCGUGCUCUGGCUCAAGCAGAGGGAAUCAGGGAAGUGCCUGAGGAUGCUAUGAAACUCCAGAUUUGAGAGGCAAAUGGUGCCCUGAAAAUAAGUAUCAGCUGGAGCAGAAUCCCUUCACAUCUAAACCAGGAGCUCUCGCAGAUAUAUUCCUAGUCAGGUCCUGUUACUUGUACCAUCAAGCUGACAGCUUGAUUUUGAACUCAAUCAGUGCUUCCCCAUAACUGGAAAAGCAGAGUCUGACCUGUAAAAGAAGUGAUUAGGAAACUUGAGUUUCCAGGGGCAAGCAGUUGCUCAGUGCCUGGGGACCCUCCCUGUCACUGCGUCUGAGACAGUUACCAGUCUUCAUUAAAACCCUAGCUGCCCUUUCAGAGUGCACAGGGGCUGCAGACCCUGCCUUACAGUGCUGCAGAGCAGACUCAGGCUCUUGGGCUGAGUACAUCAGGACAAACCACACCACAGCACUCCGAACCCUGCCCCGGCAGGUCUGAGAUACAGUCCCAGAGCAGUGAUAACCUGUGAAGAGCAGGAGGUAAGAGAGUGGUGGUUAUUUCCUGGUCUCAAACCCAUGGUCAUGACAAAACAUUGCACAACAGUCAUGUGCUAAGGCCAGCAUCUUCUGAUAACAGGUCCUGUUACUGGAGCACAUUUACAUGUGAUCCUAGACAGGCUCGUCACCUUUGUCUCAGGCCAAGACAACUACACACUGCUGAGCAUCCAGGCAAAUGCUCCUGGUUUUGUUCUGGUCUUUUUUGCACAACACAGUGAAAUUGCAUCCAGGAAGCCCCUGAGCCCCUCAAGGGAACCUCAACAUGCCAUGAAGAUGCAAAGACAAGAGCUUCAGCAAAGCAGGCUGGUUUGCACUGCCUUUCGUAACUUGCCAAAACUGAGCAACUUGUAGAAGCUACAGUUCACAUAAAGGUCUUGAUC